AUGAGCGAUGCUCAAGUAUCUCCACUAUUUCCCGCUGGCAGUGGUGACAUUCGCCUCAUCUCCACAGACGGCACUAUCUUCUACGUUCACCGUCUAAUUCUCCGACUCGCAUCUCCCUUCUUCGAGACAAUGUUCGAGAUUGGAUCCGAAGGAACUCCUCAGUCAAAUCAUUUGCCGCUCAGAGUGGAAGCUGAUGCGAAGACUUUGACUUGCUUAUUGCAUUACCUUUACCCAACUCCAUGCCGUCCACGGAUUACAGACUUAGGUCAACUUACAGCCACUUUACGUACUGCAAAGAGAUACGAAAUGGAAGGCGUCAUCGAGCAGCUCCGCAGCGUCCUAACGGAGAGGUAUCUGGAAGAAGACGAGCUAAUCGUACCCCUCUAUAUCAGAUAUCCCUUGCCUGUCCUUCUUAUUGCGGAUGCCUUCGGCUUCAUCGCUGAGAAAAGGCUCGCCUUGCGGGAAUGUCUCGAGGGCGAUCUGACCGAACAUCUCAAGACCGUAAUAUCCAGUGAUAUACCUGCACGAAUCAUGAUAGGACUCCUCGAACUUCGAAAGGAGAGGCUAGAGUGGUUCAGGUCAAAGCUGAAUGCCUGGUCGCCUCCGCUUCACGUUAUGCGCCGAAAUACGCUCGUUCAGCUUCAUCUCACGCACAUGGAGAGCACCACCACCGACCAUCACCAUCACGAAGAGGCGCAUCCAUUCACAUAUCGACAAGAGACAAUGACUUCUCGACCGAUCAUCCUGACCAGUGCCGCCUUUGUCGCUCUCGUUGGAAUGAACGCGGCCGGACUUUUCGACGUAAAGGAUAACAAGCACCCCAUCACUCGCUACAUUGCGUCAACAAUCGAUUCGAGAGAUGCAAUCAUGGAAGAAAACCUGCACAGAAUCAACGACGCAAAGGAAGAGGCCGCAAACUAUCGUCUCGAGUCGACUGCUCGCAAGGAUCCCGUCAAGGGCGUCAGGAACCCAGGUUUGGCUGCCAUUGGAUCUCCAACCGGCUUACCCGUCAGACCUGGUGUCGACUUUUCGGACAUCAAGCCAAAGCGACUGCCAAGGGACGAUUAA